AUGAAAUUGAAAAUCUGGAGAGUCGAAGAUCCGUACGUGAUUUUCAAUUAUUUCUCCGAUGAGUACAAAAGAGCUUCGUGUAUUGUCCUCGUUUUGUCAUUUCUUCUCUCACUUCUCUAUGCGGCUGAAUAUUUAGCUGGGGUUUAUCUCGAUGAUAAUGCUAUUGUUCUUUUCGCUGUGCAACUCAUUUGUGUCAUCAUUUUAGCCUACUCUUUACACUCGGAAAAUCAAGUUGCCAUGUGCGCUUUUUUAAUCUUACAGGGUGCUUUGAUACUCUCGCGAUAUCUCGGAGUGGCCCGUGCUUUUAUCACGAUUUUCGAGCCCAAAUCGGAAUGGUCUUAUCAGAAAGUCUACAAAAAACACGGAAUAGACAGGAAAGAAAAGCCCAGCCAUGCGAUUUUCCACAUUGUCUACUUGAGUUUCAUCGCGAUUUCCUAUUCGAUCUUUUUCUAUAUUGUGUAUCGAUGUCGUCGUUACCUAUUGAAACUUGAAGACGCGAAACUCCGACAGCAACACUGUAUUGUUUACGAUUCA